CGCUCGUCGUCUUGAGGGGAGCGCGGUCGUCGCUGUAACGCCAGACUUGGCAAAAGUCAAUUAAACGUUUCAAUAAUGCAUUUCUUCCCCUUGGGGGCUGGUGUGUGUGUGUCAGAGAGGGCUGCGGUCUCAAUGAAGGCGAUAUCAGCCCUGCUUCCCCAGGCCUUGGCGGUAGGCGCGGCUGAGGGGGCAGAGGAGGAAGCGGGGCGCGGGGAACGGCGGGUGCUGCGGCGGCUCUUGUGGGGACGCGGGAUGCUUUAUAACGAAAAUGUCACCUAUGUGUUGCACCAGCUGCUGCAGUUGCAGAAAGUCUUUCCUGAAUUUAUCUUUCCUGAAUUUAUAUUGAGCAUAGCAGCAAAGAGAAUAAUGGUACCGUGAAAAUUCCAUGGAUGUGUUUUGUUUGAACACAGCUGAGGCUUUCUGUUUACACCAAGUGAUGUGGUUCUCUGAUACGUCCUUAUUAUUUUGGUGAAUUAGGAGUAUAACAACACUGUUUGCUGGAAACUCGGAGCUGAUAAGCUACAGCUUCUUGGCAGUGACUUUUCCAGAAAUGCAGAAGAAAUCUCCUAAUUCUGCAGCUUUUUUGUGACGCGGCUGAUCAGAUCACAGAAAAUUUCUGGCUUACUUGGUACUGCAUGUAACAUUUGGACACAACUUUAACUUCUAACAAAAUUAUGCUGGGAGUGGUACCUAGUACUUCAGUCUCUCUAAAUACAUGGGAGUACCUUGUUGUCUACCAUCUUCCUUGAAGCCAGCAACAGUAACUCCUGGAUGUUGCAGUCUGGUAUACAAGAAAGAAAUUUUCUGUACUUGUCUAUUUGCGUCUUAAGAGGCUACGACCAAGAGUAAGGAAAAGGAACCAGUGGGUGAUUUGCACCCCAGUAACAACAGCCUCACCUGGGAAACCCACCGACAGCCAUUCAGCUGGGGGCACAGCCACGUGUUUGAUGGCACGAGGAUUCACUUUCUGGGGAGGUAGGUUUGGCUAUCAGAGGGGUGCUAGGUUAGGGUGAGUGCUGUUAUGGAAUUACUCUUGAAUUGUCUAAAACAAGACACUACCAUCCACCAGCAGCAUAACAGUCAAACAUUAAAUCAAGUUUCUUCAAAAAUUAAGUUCAGUGCUCCAUAACUUCAAGAGAUUUUCAAGUAAAUGUCAGGCUUGUUCUGUUAAUUUUAGCUCGUUAUAUACGACACUCACAGCUCCUUCUAUAGACCAGACUGCAGGAGGGAUUCCCACGAGAUAGGAACAGUUUUAAUCCUCUCAGCAUUUACAUACUGUAAAUAAAUCAGAACCCCGUGAAGCAAAUAUGAAAGACAUCAUGCAAUUUGCUGUAUACGUGAAUUACACUGCUAAUGUAUUGAGUGGGUUUUUAAUUACAAGGAAAUACAGUGUCUUUGUGCCCAGUGGGUUAGUGAGGUUUGCAAGCCCCCAGAGCAAAGGGAGAACCAUAUAGGAGAGGGCUCUGUGUUAAUGAUGUAAUCAUUCACUUACAGAAGGACUCCUGCGUAUCGGGGGAGCUCUUCUGGCCACUUCCUCACUGGUGGUGCACUUAUCUUCAUGAGUUGGAAGGGCUGCGAGAGGAGGAGAUGAUCCAGUGAGCACACUUUGGCUGGCACGCUAAGAACGAGGUACUGCUUGGACAACAGCAUUCUGAACACUACUUUUUCAUCUAUUUUUCAGUAAGAGACGUACUUCAGAACUUGUGGUACAGAUUUUGAAGGCUACUGACAUACUCCUGUUACUGCCUGGUUCUUUUUAGUGUCAUGCACACGAUCCCAUUGAAAUGGAUCUUUUUCUUUCUUCUCAUAUUUUCUGCUGUAACCAUGUGGUACAUUACUUUUUCUUCAAACGCUGUGGUUGAGCACGUGAACAGCAUGUAUUUCUAUGAGUAUGAACCGGUGUACAAGCAAGCCUACCUCUUCACGUCGCGCCAACACUUGAAAUGCAAAGACAUAAAUCCAUUUCUGGUCAUCUUGGUGUCUUCGAGACCUAAGGACGUGAAAUCAAGGCAAGCCAUAAGGAUAACAUGGGGAUCUGAAAGCUUCUGGUGGGGACAUCGAGUUCUAACCCUGUUCUUACUGGGUCAGGAAACGGAAACAGAGGACAGUUCUGCAGCACUGUCAGUGGAAGAUGAAAUCAUUCUCUAUGGUGACAUAAUUCGCCAGGAUUUUGUGGACACUUACAACAAUCUUACCUUGAAAACAAUCAUGGCGUUCAGAUGGGUGUCUGAGUUCUGUUCUAAUGCUAGGUUCAUCAUGAAGACGGACACCGAUGUCUUCAUCAACACUGGUAACUUAGUGAAGUUUCUUCUGCAGUUCAACUCCUCAGAAAGCAUUUUUACAGGUUACCCUCUCAUAGAUAACGUUGCCUACAGAGGCUUUUACCAAAAAACAUACAUUUCUUAUGAUGAAUAUCCAUUCAAGUUUUAUCCUCCAUACUGCAGUGGGAUGGGUUACGUACUGGAUGGAAAACUGGCUCUGAGGAUUUAUGAACUGAUGGGUCAUAUCAAACCUAUAAAGUUUGAGGAUGUUUAUGUGGGAAUUUGCUUAAAUAUACUCAAGGUCACCAUCAGUAUUCCAGAAGGUAAUCAACAAUUCUUUAUUGAUAAAAUUAAUUUCGAUAUCUGUAAAUACCGACGCUUGAUUGCAGUGCAUGGCAUCACGCCAAGUGAAAUGAUCAGGUUCUGGAAGGAUUUGUCAUCCGUCAUUUCAGUGACUUGCCUUUGAUUCUGUACUGACGUAUGGAUAAAUGCACACUUGUAUCACCUGAAACUUUGAAUUCCAGUGUAAAAAUGUUGAACUGAAGUACGGGGAGCAUGGAACAAAGACAGAUGUUGAGAUGACAUUGAUUGAAAGCCAGCUGUGCUGCAGCAGCAGAACUGUGAGGGCAGCAUUCCUCUGGGAUCCUCUGAGGCUCCUGGUGCCUUUAUUUAGGAACUGACACAUUUCCAUGUGCCUAUCCUAUGCACAGAGGGUACUUGGAAUGCGCUGCACUGUCUUGCUUUGACCCUUCUCUGUGCACUCUGCUGUAACCAAGGGAUGUCUGCCCAAAUCUCCUGGAAUUCAUGAUGAAGUGUCACUGAAGAAUAAUGUUUAUGUCAAGAAAUGAGCCCGGAAGAUGCUUCUCAAUCACUGCUUAAUGAUAUUUCUUUUGGUCCUUCUGUGAACUGCGUGAUCCUUUGCCACCCUCAAGGUAGUUGUUCUCUGCACAGCGCAAAACUUGCAGCUACCUUCUUAUUUAGAUGUAUCAGCUCUGUCCUUCUGGGAGCUUUACAUCUUCUCAUUUAAACAGUGUUUGGAUGUAUGUAUGUUUAUAGUCUGUGUUCAAGCGUAAGCUUAUUUUGUACAUGCAAAAUAGAAUCGCUGUGAUGUCUGUCAGGUAGGACUGCUGAUGCUCGCAGGCCGUUGCAGGGCUAGAUGCAGAAGAGCCCACGUGCAGUUCAGGUACGAGCUGCCUCGUGUGGUGGUGCUGUAGGAUAACACUGGUGUGGGUGCUGAUGCACACUAGCUGCACUGGGAAGAUUCAGACAGAUGUGCUUA